AUGGAAUCAAAAAGGCAGUCCACCACAGUGAUAAAGGUGGCCCAAAUGAUGGCAUCCGAAUACAAAAAGCGUGGUGGCUACAAUACCACCAAGGAAGAGCAGACGAAGUCUCAGAAACACCUCGAAAGGUGGACCAAGGCGGAUUGGCAAACAAAAGAGGGGACCGGGACAGCACGGCAGGAUGACGAGUCGCGUAAACGGUAUCUGCCCAAAAGGGCGUGGGAGGAGUUGAGCGAAGAAGAAAAGAGAGCAACAGACGAGAAGAAGCUCGAAGAGUCCAAAGAAGGAAAGCAGUUUGUUGGGAAUCCCGAGUCGGCGAAGAAGGCGAGGAGAAGGGUUAGUUUUGAUGUCGAGGAUGAAAGUCCGGGGUCUCAUGGAGAUUCAAACGAAACCGAUCAUAGUGAAGAGGGAGGGAGGGGACAAUGGUAA